CCAUUUGAACUAGUUUGAUGUGCUCUCUCUCUCUCUCUCUCUCCUCCCUCCCCAUUUGCACUAGUGUGAUGUGAUCUCUCUCCAUUUGAACUACUCUUAUGUGAUCUUUCAGCUUCUCUCCAUCUCCAUUUGAACUACUAUUAUGAUCUCUCUCUCUCUGUAUCUCUCUUUCUCUCUUUCAUUUGAACUGUUUUUCUUGCUAAAACAUGCUGAAGUUUGGAGAAAUGGUGCGAUCUGGUGCACUAUGAAUUUUUUGAAGCUAAGUGAUCGACUUCUUUCUCGAGAUAUUAUUUUGCAUGUUUCUAUUCUAAUAUGUAAUAUUUGUUUCUCAUAUUUUUGCACGUUUGUAUUCGAAUUUGUGAUAGUUGUUUCUAGUGAAUGCCUUAAGGCUCGUUUAGCUCAUGGUUUAAGCUCUUUAUCGGCUUUAUAUUAAACUGAUAUUUGCAACUAAUCUAAGUUUGCAUGUUUCUAUUCUAACAUGUAAAAUUUGUUUCUAAUGAAUCCUUUAAGACUUCGUUUAAAACAAAGAGCUUGAGCUCUUUCUUGAUUUAAAUAAAGCUACUAUACUGAAGCAAAUCUAAAUAGGUUUUAGAUUAAGCUGAUAUUCUGCAACAAAUCUAUUUUUGCGUGUUUCUAUUCUAAUUUCUAAUAGAUGUUUAGAAUGAAUGCUUUAGGGUUCGUUUCAUGAAGUGCUUAAUCGGUUUGAGACUAAACUACUAUACUGCAACCAAUCUAAAUUUGCAUGUUAAUAUUCUACAAAGUAAUAUUUUGUUUGUAAUAAAUGAUUAAGCUCUUUAUUGGUUUUAGAUUAAACUGAUAUUCUGCAACAAAUCUAAUUUUUCAAGUUUCUAUUCGAAUUUGUCAUAGAAGUUUAGAAUGGAUGCUUUAGGCUUUGAUUUUGUAAAGCGCUUAAUCAAUUUCAGAUUAAACUGGCAUUCUGCAACAAAUCUAAAUUUGCAUGUUUAUAUUCUACAAUGUAAUAUUUAUUUUUAAUGAAUGAUUUCUCUUCCUUGGUAUUAGAUUAAACUGAUGUUCUGCAACAAAUCUAAUUUUGGAUUUUGUCUUUCCUAAUAUGUAAUUUAGUUUCUUUUGAAUGCUUUAAAGCUUGUUCAGCAAAUUGCUUAAACUCUUUCUUGAUUUAUUCUACUAUCUAAUAUUUGUUUCUAAUGAACGAAUUAAUGCUUGAGUUUGCAUUUUUAAUUGAUUCCGGGUUGUAUGAGGAUUCAUAUAACUUUCAGCCUGUUAGGGUUACAGAUGGCGCUUUAACUCUGGUGUUAACUAUGCCUCAAUACCAUAAGAUAUUGCAUUACUCAGUUCUCCUUAAAUUUUUUGGGUAUUUCAAUCCUCAUUCCUCACUUGCUAGAUUCAUGGCACAUAUAUUAUACAGUAUUUGUUCAGGUCGGGUGUUUCAUUUGUUUCAUUAUAUUAAUAUAUCAUGUUAACUCCAGCAUGAACACAAGAUUAUCUAGUGUAUUGCAUUGAUAAAAUUUUAGGCCGUAUUCACUUGCAUUAUUGGGUAAUAUUACUAAUAAUACUCUCUUUUUAAGACAUUUUUUCAUCUUAGUAGUAUGCAAUUUAGACAGUUGGUUUGUCAAAAUAAGGACAUCUGUUUACGUGAUUCUUUGUCUAUUUGUACCUUUUGUUCGGAUUUGUUGCUUUUUGUAUGGAAGCUAUAAUUUUCCCCUAAUUUUGUUUGUAUGUUAUCUACUGUUUGAAUUCGUAAAUAGAGAAUUUUUUUGAUCAAGUGCUUUCUCUGCACGAGGUGAAUUUUAAUCGUAACUCGUACAUUUUUUUUUUUUGGGGUAUUACAUAUAUGGUUGCAUGCGUUAGAUUGUCAUUUUGGCAUUCUUGCUUAACUCUUCCUCAUUGACAUCGGGGUAUAUACACCUUCGAUUUUUAGGACAAGGAUGUCAAUAUGUUUCAUGAGAGUUCUUAAACUGGCAAGAUGGAAUUUAUUGUGCUUUGCUUCUUUUGACAGGGAUAACAUGUUUCAUGAGAGUUUCUAAAUUGGCUACCAACAUACCUCAAUGUUUUAUGAGAGUUUCUCAUAUUGCAGCUGAGGAACCUCUUGGGCUAUGUUGUGUUGGAUUUGCAGUUCUACGUCAGUUCUUAAAAUGAAGAAAUGUAUUUUCUCUCUCAAGCCUUCUGAUUUUGAUUCUGAUGCCCAGCUUUACACAGCCUUAUGAUUUUUAAAUCUCUCUCUCUCUCUCUCUCUCUCUCUCUCUCUCUUUCUCUCUCAUGCGCUGACACACACAUACUCACACACACAAACCUGGUGUUCUGAUUCUUGGCAUUUUUACACUUCUGUCUCAGAUUCUGCAUUUCUUUAAUAUCUUACUUCUAAUAAUUGUGUCUUGGUUGGUUGGAAGCCGUAACGAUGGAUGGUUCUAGUGCUACACAUGGCCCUGAUAGAAGGAAGGUUAGAGUAAUAAAUGAGCAAUGUCGUGAUCGAAUCAGCUGUUUACCAGAUGUAAUCCUGAACUCCAUUCUGGCUUUAUUGCCAUCAAAGGAGGCUGUUCGCACUUGUAUUUUAUCAACGAGAUGGAGGUUUUUAUGGACCUCCAUACCAAACCUCGACUUGGAAUGGAACCCCAGGGACUCGGAAUGUAAAAAUGAAGGGACCUUUAUUCAAUGGAUCGAUCGGGUCUUGCGAAUCCAUCAAGGGCCCAUUCAUAAAUUUCGUCUCUCUUGGCCCUUUCAAAUCUCUUGCAGGUCAUAUGUUGAUCAAUGGAUCCUUUACUUAACAGGAGCGGGCAUAAAAAAGCUUGAUCUCAAUCUGCACUGGAAAUGUGAAGCUCCUUAUCAAAUCCCUUAUUGUCUCUUUGAAUGCGAGUCAUUGAAGGUUGUAAGGUUUCAUUCUAAUCAUCAGUGCACUUUUAAUCCUCCUUUGAAAUUUGAGGGUCUUAGCUCUCUUGAGACUCUUUCCUUGAUUGGUGUUUUAAUCUCAAGCGAUUUUAUUCAGAGUCUGGAAUCGAAUUGUGGUCAUCUUAGGAGCUUAUUUAUAAGCAAUUGCCAUUUUCCGAAUGUUAUUGUAAGCUUGUCUUCCAAAGGUCUCCAGCUUGAGAGGUUGACUCUGAACAAUUGCUUAGACUUCAUACUCAUUGAUAUUCCAAGCCUCAAAUCUUUUAAAGCCACCACUAAUAAACUGGGUUUGACACUCUUGAGUGCUCCGAAUUUGGUGGAUGGCUCACUUUCUGUUGUUCUAUUGGAUGAUGACAAAUUUCACGAGGCAGCUGUUUCAUAUUCUCACCUUUUCCUGGAAAUUCUUUCAAAGCUGUUCAGGGUGGAGACCCUUUGUUUACUUCGGCAUUCUAUUUUGUGUUUGGCAGCACUGAUAUUUUAUGAGGAUGGGGAAGUGCACCUUCCGCGUUACAGAAAUCUUAAGAAAUUAGAGGUAGAAAUGAGAUUGAAGGUCUUAUCUGAGAUUGAAGCAACUGCUUUCUUCUUUAAGAGCUGUCCUUCCUUGGAGGAGCUUAUUGUUACGAUAAACCAUCAGAGCUACUAUUCUGAGGCCGAAGAAGGUUAUGAUCAACGCCUUGAUGGGAUGGGUCACACUACAAUGUUUUUUGAGGAAUCUGUUCGUUCUCUGGUACACCUCAAGAAAGCCAGUAUACGCAACUUCACAGGAAAGAAGGCUGAGAUGGACUUUAUGAAACUUUUGCUGUGUAAUGCGCAAUCACUCAAGGAGUUGUUUCUUAUUCUCGAUAAGAGAUUGUACCAGGGGAAAGAAAUUGAGCAAACCAAGAAGACAUUUCUGGUCGAGAGGGCUCCAUCAGAAGUGAAAGUAGUUUUGAUUUCACCCAAUAUGCAGAAAUAGUUGCUAGUUCUGUUUUCACCUAAUAUGCAAAUAUAGUUGCUAGUUUUGUUUUCAUUUAAUAUGCAGAAAUAGUUGGUUGUUGCUGAGGUUGUGCUCGUCUAUUUUUUAGAAACUUUACAUGAUAAUGGAACUUGGUUUUUACUCCUGUUGGGGAUGAUUUGGAAGGUUGGUUCUAUA